UUUUUAUUUAAAAAUAAACAUUAAGUUAAAAAAAUACAAAGAAAGUUCAAACUAUUCAUCUUUUCUUGAAAUUUUUUUACUUGCAAAUUUUACAAUUUUUUUGAGACAUGGGAAGAAUUCCAUGUUGUGAAAAGGAUAAUGUCAAGAGAGGGCAAUGGACUCCUGAGGAAGAUCACAAGUUAUCAUCUUACAUUGCUCAACAUGGAACUCGUAAUUGGCGUCUCAUUCCUAAGCAUGCUGGUUUACAGAGAUGUGGAAAAAGUUGUAGAUUGAGAUGGACAAAUUACCUUAGGCCUGAUCUCAAACAUGGCCAAUUUUCAGAGGCAGAAGAACAGACCAUUGUCACACUUCACUCUGUUCUUGGCAAUAGAUGGUCUGUGAUUGCUGCUCAACUGCCUGGCAGAACAGACAAUGAUGUCAAGAAUCAUUGGAACACAAAGCUCAAAAAGAAACUAUCUGGUAUGGGAAUUGAUCCACUAACACACAAGCCAUUUUCUCACUUAAUAAGUGAAAUUGCCACAACAUUAUCACCACCACAAGUCCCUCAUUUAGCUGAAGCAGCACUUGGUUGUUUCAAAGAUGAAAUGCUUCAUCUUUUGACUAAAAAAAGAAUUGGUUUUCAGUUUCAUCAACAAUUUGUAAAUAUGACAAGUACUCCUAAUAAUGCACCAAGUACAAGUCAUGUCAAGCAUGAGGAGAAUAACAAUUACAAAGAUAACACAAUUGAGAAAAUUAAGUAUGGCAUAUCAAGAGCUAUUAAGGAAAGUGACAAGAAUUGGGAGACAAAUGGAGGAGGAGCAACAUCUAGUAAUUUUCAUGAUAAUGGAGGAUUUAGUAACUAUAAUUUUGCUAAUUUGCUUAAUGAUGAAGAGGAUUCACCAUGGAACCAAAGUUUGUGUAGUGGAAGUACAUGCACCGCAGGAGGAGGAGGAGGAGAAUUACAACAACAAAACAAGAAAAUUAGCAAUGAGAAUUGUGAAGAUAGUGGAAAAGAAAUAGUAGUAACAACAAGAAAUGGAUCAAAUAUGUUCAAUUCUGACUGUGUUCUAUGGGACAUAUCAUCUGAUGAUCUGAUGAAUCCAAUGGUUUGAAGAGAUUGUUGUAACAUGAUGGACAAAGUUGCUCGGUACCUGUGCUAGGGGAGGUAGCGAGCAGUAGGUGCUCCGUGGAAUUAGUCGAGGUACGCGCAAGCUGACCAGGACACACGGUUAUUAAAAAAAUUUAUUGUAAUAGUGUACUUGAAAUAGUAGGGUAGCUAAAAAGGCAAAGACGUUAUAAAUUAUCAAAUGAAGAAAAGAAAUGGAAGUAAUAAAGAGAGAAUCAAAAUGAAUCUCAUUCUUGAAUGGUCGUAUCUGUUUCAUUUUAUAUGACAUUCUUUCCUUUUGAAUA